UUGCCGCCAAAGUGUUUAAUAAUAAAUAUUACGUCAGACAACGAGGAUUUGUGACACCCGGUUUAUGGAGUGGGUGUGGUUAUUUAAGCAGUGACAGGUGCAUUGUGUUCUUCAGUUUCCACUUGCAUUUGUUGAUCUGACGGAGUUGCAUUUAAUUGCUUUUUGACAGUUCUUCCGCCAGCGGGCAGAAUGGUUGCACCAAGUAAAGAGCAGGCCGUAGAUGCCAUAAAACGAAUAGGGGGAGUGAACAUAAUGAAUGUUAUGUAUAGUUUUGUAAAAAAGUUAGGGACAGUUGCGUUGGUGUAUGCGCUUGGGUAUAUGGAAUUCAGUAUAGCGUGGCUGAUAGGACCUAUCGUACUAUCUGUCAUAAGAGAUGAGUGGAAAAAAGAAAAAGAGCUCCGACGAACCAUUGCCAAAGCAUCAGCAUUGUGCCAGGAAAAAGAAGUAAUUCUUGCAAGAGUCGACGAACUACCAAGCUGGGUCUUCUUCCCCGAUGUGGAAAGAGUUGAAUGGGUUAAUAAGAUCCUUCGUCAUGUUUGGCCAAAUGUAAAUCACUAUGCUAAAGAUAUCCUUAAAAAUACUAUUGAACCAAGCAUCAGAGAAAGCUUGGUUGCUUACCGCUUAAGUGGCUUCCAUUUUGAGAAAAUGGUAUUGGGUAGUAUUCCCAUGAGGAUUGGUGGUGUGAAGGUAUAUGACCAGAAUGUUCCACGGGACCAAAUUAUUAUGGAUAUGGAUGUUUCGUACGCUGGUGACUGUGAUAUAUCUUUUAGUAUUGGUGGAAUCAAAGGAGGCAUUAAAGAUUUACAGAUACAAGGAAAUGUGAGGACGGUGAUGAGACCCCUCAUAACCACAGUGCCACUGAUUGGAGGACUUCAGGUAUUUUUCUUGCGUCACCCAACAAUAGACUUCAAUUUAGUUGGUGUGGCUGAUGUCCUGGAUAUGCCUGGCCUUAGCGAUCUCCUGCGACGCAUUGUUGUAGAAGCUGUUGGAAACAUUAUGGUACUUCCAAACAAAAUAGCAAUUACGCUAAGUGAUGCAGUCCCAGCAUUGAGCUUGAAGAUGCCAGACCCUGAGGGUGUGGUUCGUAUACAUGUAGUUGAAGCCAAGAAUUUGAUGAAAAAGGAUAUGAGGAUGCUUGGAAUGGGAAAGUCUGAUCCAUAUUGUAUAGUGUCAAUUGGAGGUAAAACAUUUCGUACUCAGACAAUUGAUAACACCCUGAAUCCAAAAUGGGACUUCUGGUGUGAGGCGAAGAUUACAUCCCAAAAAGCACAGAUGUUGUCAUUCGAGCUGUGGGAUUGGGACCCCGGUUUCCCAGGCAUUGAAAAUGACGAUUUUCUUGGCAGAGCCACUGUUGAACUAAGUCAGGUGACCAAAAAAGGAAAAGUUGGAAUGUGGCUGACUUUAGAAGGAGCAAAGCGUGGUAUGGUACAUGUUCGUAUGACUUGGUUAACUCUGAGUAAGGACAAGAAUGACCUUGCAGCAGCAUUGCAAGAAACACAAAUGCUGAGAGUUACUUCCAUGAGCACUGCUGUCCUGGUUGUUUUUGUGGAUUCAAUUAAAAACUUGCCUAAAGCACGCACUACUAGUCUGCCAGAUCCAUAUGUUACGUUGACAGUGGGAAACACUACAGAGCAGACUGCAAGUCAGUUCCGUACAGUUCACCCUGUUUGGGAACAGGGCUUUACUUUCCUUGUCAGCAAUCCUGAAAAUGACACACUUUAUAUCAAGGCUAUCGACAGUAAAACAACACAAGAACUUGGAGUGUUUGUGUACAAUGUGUCUACACUUCUUCAGAAGAUGGAUAUGGAAGUGGAGAAACAGCCAUUUGCACUCAGUAAAUCUGGUCCUGAAAGCACAAUUUACCUGGCUAUGCAUUUACGGAUACUGAAAUAUGAGGAAAAAGACACAAAUGAAGAAGAUGAAGAGGAACCCACAGAAGGAGGAGACACUGAAACUGACACUGCUACAGCACCUUUGUUGGAUAAACGCAGUCCCACUCAGUUAUCUGAGGGAUCUGAAUCAUCAGUGGAAGCAAGUCCAGCAAAGGAGCCUGCUGUGAAAACUGAACUAGAUCGCACUGAGUCAAUGAAAUCAGCUACAGAAGAAAUUAUAAUACCAGCAGCAGCAUCCCCUGGUGUGCAGGCUUCUCCAGACUUGCGCCAGCGAAGUCCCAGUGCUACCUCAUCUGCUGGAGAAUAUAACUUGGGCCGAAUACAGUUGACACUUCGUUACAGCCAGCAGCGUCAGAGAUUAAUUGUUGUUGUCCACAGGGUUGUUAAUCUGCCACUGAAGGAUCCCAACAGUAUCCCUGAUCCAUAUGUGAAGCUGUAUCUGCUUCCAGAACGUUCCAAGGAUUCCAAACGAAAAACUGAUACUCUGAAGGACAACUGCAACCCUGUUUAUGAUGAAACAUUUGAAUACCUUAUCUCUCAGGCUGACAUGCGAAAUAGGCAACUAGAGGUUUCUGUUGUUACUCGAAAAGGAUUCUUGCAGCAGAGUCCUACCAUGGGCCAGGUUGUGCUGGAUCUGAAGAAUAUGGAUCUAAAUGAGGCAAAGACAAUGUGGCUUGACUUGUGUCCAGAAACUUCCAGGGAAGCAUAAAUUCCCUUUUCAUCUAUGGCCUUUCACUUAAACACUUAAUAUCGCAGAGAUAACCACUGUCAGAUUCUAGGAAAAUUAUCUCAAUGAAGGUUUAAUCUGCCAUAAGCCAAGAAAAAGUGAAAGAAAAUGGAUCUGUAAUUUUCACAUGGAGUCUUUAAAGCUUUUUUCAAGUGAUGCUGUGCAAACACAAACUUGCAGAAGCAGCAUUUUAUGUGUAAUUAUAGGUAUUUCUUCAAACAAAAAAAUAUUUGUGCAUUUCUUUUUUACUAAUCAAGUACUUAGUAAUAGACAAAGCUUUUAUAAAAAAAAAUACAGUGUGUAUUGUGCAAUAAUAUAAAAGUUAAAUAGUAUAGGAAAUGAAGUGUUGCUCUUUGUGUUUCUAUGUGUGUAAUUUAUUGUGUUGUAAUCAAAAUGACAAAAGCAUGACUUAUAUGAAAUGUAUGAGCACAGCAAGGAUUAAUUCAAAGUAAUUGGCACUCUGUUAUGAAAUGUGAUUGUUAAGAAGUUAUUGCUGUUAUGUUUUGUGUUAUCCUAAUAUUUAAAUAUAUUUAUUCGUACAGUA